GGGGGCCGCCGCGAACGUCGUAAAACGCAGAGCUGGGCUGCUUUCCGGCGGCCGCUGGGAGACCGCUUUUCGGCGGCGCCCGGCGAGAGGCAUGAGGGGAGUCUGACGUGGGCUCCUCCGUCUCUCCCGGAGGGAAGCCGGCGUCGAGAGGAGCCGAGCCCGAGCGGGGCCUGGCCUGUGGGGGCCUCCGCCAGCCGCGCGACCGCACCAGGCAGCCGCCGCCUCGUCCCACUUCUCCCCUGAGGCGCCGCGCGGCCGGGCAGCGGAUCCAGGCCUCGGCCGGCGCCGGGCCUCCGGGGCCCUCCCGGGCUCAGCAUGCCCGGGGUGAAGCUGACCACCCAGGCCUACUGCAAGAUGGUGCUGCACGGCGCCAAGUACCCGCACUGCGCCGUCAACGGACUGCUGGUGGCCGAGAAGCAGAAGCCGCGCAAGGAGCACCUUCCUCUGGGCGGCCCGGGUGCCCACCACACCCUCUUCGUGGACUGUAUACCCCUCUUCCACGGCACCCUGGCCCUCGCCCCCAUGCUGGAGGUGGCCCUCACCCUGAUUGAUUCAUGGUGCAAAGAUAAUAGCUAUGUGAUUGCUGGUUAUUAUCAAGCUAACGAACGAGUAAAGGAUGCCAGUCCAAACCAGGUUGCAGAAAAGGUGGCCUCCAGAAUCGCCGAGGGCUUCAGCGACACGGCUCUCGUCAUGGUAGACAACACUAAGUUCACGAUGGACUGUGUGGUACCCACAAUCCAUGUGUACGAACACCACGAAAACAAAUGGCGCUGCAGAGACCCUCACUAUGAUUACUGUGAAGACUGGCCAGAGGCCCAGAGGAUCUCGGCAUCACUCCUGGAUAGCCGGUCCUAUGAAACGCUCGUGGAUUUUGAUAACCAUCUGGAUGACAUUCGGAAUGACUGGACAAAUCCAGAGAUCAAUAAAGCUGUUCUGCACCUGUGUUAGGGAGGGAUUUCAGUGACUGGUCUCUGGGCAUUUCCACUACACUGAAGAAGAAAAGCUAUUUUUAAAUGUAAAUAAAAUAUCUCAUAGCCUGUGUGGAAAGCCGGCAGUUUUCAGAAGUGGCACGUGCCUUGAAAGAGGGCAGAAUGUCCCAUCAGUCAUCUUUCUAAUGCAGAGCCUCGAGAACAGGCAUAGACUGUCCCAUCUGAUCAUCCCUGUGGAGUCCUUCCCAGUUGUACGUUGCUAUAAUUCUUCAAAUCAAAGCUAUUUCCGCUUGUCCAAGAUUGUUCCUAUUAAACAGUUUUAACUAACCUUUUAUAAUCUGGAGGAAUACUUUUUAAGGCUUAUGAACUAUAUUUAAAAAAAAAAAAAAAAAAAGGCCCAGAUCUUAUACCCGAAUGAGAGUGUUUGUGAGUUUUCAUCCUGUUUGAGUUAGUAUCAUCCAGACCUGGGAUUGGGCAGGCACGUGGUGUGCCAGUGCCGAGCAGUUCUUGAGAGCCGUGUGCUGGUGUCAGCGCUCAGGAGGCUGCAGCUACGCCCCCGCCCCCCGCGGUCACGCUUCCGUAGCUGCCACGACUCUACACGUGGGAAUAACGCCACAGUUGCCUGAGAAACCUUCAUCGUUAAGGGUAAAAACAAACAUUGUUGGGAAGGCAGCUUGGAUGGGAGCACAGUGUAAUAAUCCUCAACCAGAAAGCUUGUAAACCUGUGGAACCAAAAGAAAAGCGGAACCAUGCCAAGAUUAUCUUAAAAAGGCAAGAAUCGGUCCUAACUCCUGACUGACUUGCAUGAUUAUCCAAAUGGUUCUAAUUUACGUCUUCAAAACAAUUAUUUUUUUGGUAUUUGAAGCAACAAAAGCAGAACAAAAGUUAGGGUCCCGGAGUUUUACAGUGCACUGUCUGUAAUCAUUAUACUUGAAACAAUCAGUCAAGCUUUUUAACCCAGUCGUAGGAAACUGAUGGGGAAACUUUAUGGUCCCAUUACAUCUUUUUCUUUUUUACAUGAAUUAUUUCACGCAGAGUUCAGAGAACUGUACCUUUGCUACUGUCGUUUUUUGGACUACAUGAAGGAAAUUUGUAACAAUCAGAUAAUCUGUUGAAAAGGUUUAUGACACAGCAUUCACAAUUUUCUCUUAAUAAGUAGGAAACAUUUCAGCAUUGCUUACAAUAGAUGUGCUUUAUUUGGUCCACCA